UCAGAUGAAGUGGGGAGGAUGAGGGAGGAGGGGGAUCCCUGUGUCGAAUGCGACAUCGCCCCAUUGAUUAUUUCUGCUUUUUCUGUCGGGUUUCUGAGCUGAUUUCUGUGAUCAGCUCGUCUCUGACCGUGCAUUGCUUUGCAGUGUUGGACACAGCCCCUUUGCUUCCCUACAGUUUAGUUUUUCUCCCCCUCAACUGAUCGCUUUUGUCGCAGCCAAACAAAAGCUAAAAAUAACGCCUGAGCGCAAACAUUAGCUGAGGUCGCUCAUCAGACCGGUGCUCCGAGAACGAAGCCAAUGCUCCCAGCAAAUUAAAAGCUAUUAGUUGUUAAGUGAUAUGUUGUCCGACAUAACAAUAACCAAUCGGUGACCUGCAUUGUCUGCUGCACGCCACCGAGCCCAUAGGAUCGGUAUGUCUGAUGAAGAUUCGCGUGCCAGCACAAGCUCUUCGUCUUCCUUCUCGUCGUCAACUCUAGAGAUAAGCACCCCCAAGAAACGAGAAAGCAAAGCCAGAAUGAGCAAGACUUCCAAACUCCUGUCGACCAGCGCGAAAAGGAUCCAGAAGGAGUUGGCGGACAUUACGUUGGACCCGCCGCCUAACUGCAGCGCUGGUCCAAAAGGGGACAACAUCUAUGAGUGGCGCUCCACCAUCCUGGGCCCCCCGGGCUCGGUGUACGAAGGGGGGGUCUUUUUCCUGGACAUCGCCUUCACGCCAGACUACCCCUUCAAACCCCCCAAGGUGACAUUCCGCACCAGGAUCUACCACUGCAACAUCAACAGCCAGGGGGUGAUCUGUCUGGACAUCCUGAAGGACAACUGGAGUCCCGCCCUCACCAUCUCCAAGGUCCUGCUGUCCAUCUGCUCUCUGCUCACAGACUGCAACCCUGCUGACCCGCUGGUGGGAAGCAUCGCGACACAGUACACCACAAACCGACCGGAGCACGACAGAAUAGCCAAACAGUGGACCAAGCGCUACGCUACAUAGUGCCCGAGAUGGGGGGGGGGGGGGGCUGCUUCUUGGGGACAGCUCUAGGACCUAGGGGGUGGGGGUGGGGGUGGGUUGUGGGUAGGGUCGGAAGUGGAUAAGUUAAAGGAAAAGUUUCAUGGAGGUAUUAAGCUUUGUUCUUCCCUAGCCAGUUCAAACAUUGUUUUCCUUGUUUUUGCAUGAACUAGUUGUACUAGUUGUUUUUCCUUUGUUCCUUUUCUUUUGUGUAUUUGUUGCACAAAUGGAAGUAUUUAGAUUUACACGUGAAGCCUUUCUUUCAGUGAGCCUCUGUGCCAUCCAAGGGGAUCACUGGCUUGUCCCCGAGAGGAGCGUGAUCGCGGUCUGUAAAGUAAUGCCAACGUGUUUGAAUGGGACUUGGGCUGAAUUGGGGGGAUGGAGGGGGUCCAAGGGGGUUGUUGAGGGUGUGGGGGUGAGGAUAUGUUGUGGAUAAUCUUUUUUUUAUCUUGGGUGGGGGGGAACGGAAGUCUUAAUUGGGUUCAGUUGUUUUAAAUGUAAAAUAUGUUUUCGUUAUCCUCCACUAUAAUCGAAUUUAGCAAUAUUGCAUUUGGUGCUUUCCUUUGCUCUGAUUGGACGCUUGAAGUAAGCGGCACUUUCUUAUAAAUCUGUUACAGCACGGUUCCCCGUGAAGUCUGUCCCCCCUGUACAUGUUUUUGUUAUUUUUCACCUUCCUUAACCCUCAUGGUUUGUAUACGCUGUUUGAAAAGGUGUUUCACAUGUGAAGGUGUGGAUGGCUGUUGGUUGUAUAAUGUAAGCUUACCGAUUUAGAAGAAAAGCUGUAUGAAAAAGUUUUCUGUAAGAAUUAAAUGUUAACGAGUU